CUGCCACUACCAACCAAGCAACCAAGCACCCUCUCCCCUAAACCAGUCUGGUGAGAGCAUUCCCUGAAGUCGCGGCCGCAUUCCUUCUGUCCUGCGUCGAACCGACCGCUCUGUUACCUCGUCGUCGAUCGCUCGAUUGAUAUCCGUUGCCCCUUCGUUUGCUAGUCGGCUCGCUUCCUUCCCCUGCUUCCUCGUCGUUAUCCCCCCUACUAGCUCCAAGUAACCCGGCAUUCCUGCGACUCGCAGCGACGAGUUUUCGUCCACGACAGGGUCGCACGAAGCAGUCGCCGGCGUGUGCGUACGCCUCGGUACGCUUCGGUUCGGUUCGGCUCGCCUCGGCUCGCCUCGGUUUGCUGGCGUUCGCACAACACAGCCAUGGCGGAUCCUGGAGCUCUACCCCGGCCGUUUCGUUGAUUAAGGAGCAGCGGCGUAGGGUGAUUAAGGCAACACUAGGUCACGACUAAAGCAAGAUCAGGGCAACGACAUUCGUUACAAGCGCGACAGAGUCAGCUGGUUCGAUAGGUCGACAGGGUUAGCAGUGCGUCACCAUUAUUUACCCCUUCUUGCCAACAGGUUAGGUAUACCACCAAGUAUAAAACACUCUCUGGUAUAAAUAACUCCGCUCUCCGUACCAGUCCGAGCUCUUCUACUGAAGUACUGGUAUUGCCGAGCCUAGUCGCUGCUGCCAGCCACCUGCUCGACGCUUCUUUUCUAACACUCAUGGCCCAGAACCAUCUAUGCCCUUCCCUCCCCUCCACUCUCUCGCAACCCUCCCAUCAUCCGCGCUAUCCCCCGCACAUUCUCCCCCCCCAUUCCCGCGCAACCUCCCGCGUAGUCUCCCGCGCAACCGCAGCCGCCAUCCCCGCUCCGCCCCCUUCCUCCCCCGGCUUUACAGCCCAGCUGCGCACUACGUUCCCCAUCGCUUGCCGUUCCGUGUCGUGCCCACGGUCGCCGCUAGUGCCGCCGCUAGUGCCGCCGCUAGUGCCGCCACACCAUGCGGCAGUCCACGUCAUCACUCCGCCGCUGCCGCACCGCAAGCAUUGCCAAUCGCGUCGCCUAACUCUCCGAAACGGCUACCGCCUCCCCCUGUUAGCGCCUGCGACCCCGCACUCGCCCCACCCCGCGUCCGCGCAUUCCAGCCGUGCUCAGCUACCCUGCAGCUGGGUUUCCGGCAGCGGCGGCGGCGGUAGCGGAAGCGGCGGAAGCGGCGGAGGCUGUAGGUGGAGGGGGAGACCUCGCGCGGGAAACAAUAGCGGGACCAACGACCCGCCGCAGCAGCAGCAACCGCCGGCGCAGCAGCAGAAGCAAGGGAUGUGGGCGACGAAAGAGGGAGGGGGGGUAGUGAACGGGUUCUCAUUCGGACGGCUAUUCGAGACCAUGGAUCGAGUCACGCGCCAGCAGCAGCCGCGCCAACAGCAAGCGGAGGCAACGGCUCCACCGCCGCCUCCGCCGCCGCCGCCUCCAUCGCCGCCGAAGCAGCAGCAGCAGCAGCAGCAGCAGCAGCAGGAGGCGGAGUUGCGGAAGCAGCAGGAGGAGGAGGUGCGGAGGCAGCGGCGUCUGGAGCAGCUGCACCAGCAGCAGGUCGCGGCGGCGGCGGCGGCCAGGCAGGAAGCGCAGGCCCUGCUGCAGCAACAACAGCAGCAGCAGCAGCAGCAGCAGCGAUUGCAGCAGCAGAGCCUGUUACAAGCGCAGCAGCAGCAACAAAGGUUAAAGGAGCAGCAACGGUUACAGCAGCACCGGCAGAUGCUUCAGCAGCAGCAGCAGCAACAGCCGCCGCCGCCGCCGCAGCAGCAGCAGCAGCAGCGUCAGUCGCAGCUGCUUCAGCAGCAGAGAGUGCCCCUUGCGCCGUCACAGCCACACCAGCAGCAGCCCAAGCAAGCAAUGCCGCAACUCCCGCAACAGAUGAUACAGCAGCCGCGGCAGCAGAUGCCGCAGCAGCAGCAGGAAGAGCAGCAGUUAAUCCCGGGCUUCCCGAAAUUCUCUCAGCUGGUGUCGUUCCUCCAGAGCCCCACCACGUACCCGGAUCCCCCCCCUCCCCCCGCGCCGUGCUCGCGCGUGUACAGCCACGUGAACGUGCAGCGCCCCGCGGACUACUGGGACUACGAGGCGCUAAGGGUGCCGUGGGGAGACCAGGCGGACUAUGAGCUAGUGCGCAAGGUGGGGCGUGGCAAAUACAGCGAGGUGUUUGAGGGGCGCAGCACGCGGCACGGCGCGCGCUGCAUCGUCAAAGUGCUCAAGCCCGUCAGGCGGAAGAAGAUUCUGCGCGAGAUCAAGAUCCUGCAGAACCUCAUGGGCGGUCGCAACAUCAUCCAGCUGCUGGACGUGGUGCAGGAUGCCGCCUCCACCACGCCCUCACUCAUCUUUGAGUUUGUCAACAACCACGACUUCAAGCACCUCUACCCGGCACUCACUGACCUCGAUAUCCGGUUUUAUCUCUUCGAGCUGCUGCAGGCGCUGGACUUUGCGCACUCGCAGGGCAUCAUGCACCGCGACGUGAAGCCGCACAACGUGAUGAUCGACCACCAGCGCCGCCAGCUGCGCCUCAUCGACUGGGGCCUCGCCGAGUUCUACCACCCGGGCAUGGCCUACAACGUCAGAGUCGCCUCCAGGUACUUCAAGGGGCCGGAGCUGCUGGUGAACAUCGAGGACUACGACUACUCGCUGGACAUGUGGAGUCUGGGAUGCAUGCUGGCCGGCAUGAUCUUUCGCCGGGAGCCCUUCUUCUUUGGAGCGGACAACAACGACCAGCUCGUCAAGAUCGCACAGGUGCUGGGCACGUCGGACCUGUAUCAGUACCUGUCGCGCUACUCUGUGCGCCUGGACUCCCAGCUGCAGUCCGCGGUCGGCAGGCAUCGGCGCAAGCCAUGGUCUCGCUUUGUGACAGCUGAAAACCAGCACCUCGUGUCGCCAGAGGCCAUUGACUUUCUUGACCGCCUGCUGCGAUAUGAUCACCAGGAGCGGCUAACAGCCAAGCAAGCCAUGGACCACCCCUACUUCGAUCCCAUUAGAAACCCUUCUCUGCGCCCUCCCUCUUGCUCGGGCUGAUGUGCAAGGAAUGGGACGAGAGGGGGGAGAGAGGGGAAGGGGGGGGAGUUUAGAGAGGGGAGGGACGCUUUUGAGUCGACUCAAAAGCAGACUCUCUGCGCCCUCUUUCUCGCACUGGCUGACGUGCAAGGAAUGGGACGAGAGUGGGUAGAGGGGGGGAGGGGGAGGAGGGGGGGUAUUUUAUCGCAGUAUUAUGACGGAAUGUGAGGGUACUGAUUGAAAAGCCAAGGGGAGGAGGGUGGGACAGACACAGCAGGCGCCACAGUUUUUUGGGUCGGGGGAUUGAUUCCGACCCAUUCCAGUGCUGCAGAUGACUCUUGAGGGGUCAUAGUUUUUCAAUGUCGGGUCAGGUUGGGUGACUCCAUUCUUCUGCGCAAGGGCGUGCGGCGAAUCAAAACCGCGCGUCAUGAGACGAGGCGGUGUUUGUUUGAGGCGGGCAGCUCAAAGAAGGCGCCACAGGACGGUCGUCACGUUAAUGUCGGGUUGGGACUCGGGUGACUCAAUCCAUUCUGUUCCACAGCUCAAGGGCAGCGGCAGGGUGCUUGCCACACUCUCUUUCUUCCUCUACUCGCUGUUGUGCCAAGGGGAACGCGCAAGGGGGGGAGACCGAUUGUAUCGAGGGAAGGGCAGGGCAGGGCAGGGGAGGACGGGGAAGAGGAGGCGCUGUAUCGGCACAUGGGUCUGGUCUGCUCUGGUACGGUAUGAAUAUGGCAUACUCUGGUGGAUGGGACGGUUGUGAAACGGAGUUGAAUUGCCUUGCCACAGCAAAGGGCCUGCCGUACACUGUGCUUGUGCUUUCAGACAGCAGCAACAAGGUACUUGUCCGCGCUACCAUCUACAGUUCCUGUUGCGCUGGACUGGUGCCCUGCCUGCCUGCUGCUCAUGGCACAUUGUAGUAGGUUCGUUCGGUGAUUCGGCACAUCCAUCCAGCUCUUUUGGUAGGCAGUUUAUUACGGUACUACAAGCCUUGUUUCAAUGCUUCGUAACAUGGCACGUUUAUUUUUGUUUGACCUGGCAUGUCACCCCCCCCUGUUUGUGCUUGUUUUGAACCGUGCUAUUUGUUGGAGUAGCGGGAUAAAGUUGAUGAAGGAAAACGUUUA